UCCCUCCAAUCACGCACCCAGAAACUACAUUCUGCUGUCUCCUCCUCCUCAUGGACUGCAAUCCCACCUCCAUCCUCCUGCGCACUCCCUUGGACCUCAACAAGGAGCGAGACGCUGGCGCCGGCGGCGUCGUCUUCAACUCUUCGGUCCUCGGGAACCAAGCCAGCAUACCCAAGGCAUUCAUCUGGCCGCAGUGCCACAGACCCGCCACCAUCGACGAUCUCGACGCCCCGUUGGUGGACCUCAGCGGCUUUCUCCGCGGCGACGAAGCGUCGACGGCGCGCGCGGUGGAGUACGUCAAGGCCGCCUGCUCCACCCACGGCUUCUUCCAGGUCGCCAACCACGGCGUCGACGCGUCGCUGGCCCGAGAGGCGAUGGACUGCGUUGACGGGUUCUUUAAGCUCCCUCUCUGUCACAAGCUACGCGCCCGGCGGAAGCCCGGUAGCGUGUGGGGCUACACCGGGGCGCACGCCGACCGCUUCUCCUCCGAGCUGCCAUGGAAGGAGACCCUCUCCUUUGGCUACCACGAGGCCGGCGGCGGCGACCGCGUCGUCGUCGACUACUUCGCUUCCAUCUUAGGCCCUGAUUUCGAUAGGACGGGGCUGGUUCUCCAGAGGUACUGCGAGGCGAUGAAGAAGCUAUCGCUGGUGAUCAUGGAGCUCCUGGCAAUAAGCUUAGGAGUGGAAAGAAGCCACUACAGAGACUUCUUCGAGGACAGUUGCUCAAUAAUGAGAUGCAACUACUAUCCUCCAUGUCAGGAGCCGGAGCUGACGCUCGGCACCGGCCCGCACUGCGACCCCACCUCGCUGACCAUCCUUCAACAGGACCAGGUGGAGGGCCUCGAGGUCUUCUCCGCCAACAAGUGGCGGUCGGUCCGGCCGAUUCGCGACGCUUUGGUGAUCAACAUUGGUGACACCUUCAUGGCGUUGUCCAAUGGAAGGUACAAAAGCUGCCUGCACCGGGCUGUGGUGAACAGGCAUCGGGAACGGAAGUCGCUGGCUUUCUUCGUGUGCCCCAGGGAGGACCGCACCAUCCGGCCACCGCCGGGGGACCUCGGCGGCUCGCGGCUGUACCCGGACUUCACGUGGGCGGAGUUCAUGCAGUUCACGCAGCGCCACUACCGGUCUGACACGAGGACACUCCACAGCUUCACCAAUUGGCUCUCCUCCUCUAACUCCCUCCGCCAGUCCACCUAGAGGUGCAGAUCAGGAGGUCACCUGAUGCUCUCCGUUCAUGUCUUUUCUUUCUUCGUGUACAGCGCAUGACAGCAGCGGUAAAGACGAGGGUGAUGAAGUCAUGAUUGCAUGCAGCACCCAUUCUGCAUCACAUAUGUAUGGAGAGCUCGAUAUGAUUGGUCGCUUCAUAGUGUUUUAUGCUUCUGUGUUACAAGUUGAGUUACGCAACUGGAUCUGAGGAGGUAAAUGCCAAGCCCAGAUAAGAUCCAAGAGCUCCUCUCGCGAGCUUGUUGUCAUGUGCGGGUAGAGAGAGAGAGAGAGAGAGAGAGAGAGAGAGAGAGAGAGAGAGACGUUGUCAUUGUUAGGGCAGAAGCGACCAACGCGUGUAGUUCGAGGAGGAGAUCCAGUAUCUCACAAGCGACGACCUAUCAAACUCCGAGGUGGGCCACGGAGAGGAACACGAUUGUACCAAAUAUUUGAUGAGAUGUUGUAUUGGCCAACAUGCUCCAAAGUCCAAAGUCUUUUUCUGCGCAGGCUGGAACGAGCAAGGGAGGAAGAAGCUGAUGCCGUAAGCCUUGGACGCAACCGGGAGAGGCCAGCCAUUGGCCUCUCGGCUCCUUUGCCCUUGUCAUGCAUGCCUUGUAUUUUUACCUUGCUUUUGCUGCCUCUUCUUCUUCUUCUUCUUCUUCUUCUGGUGGCCUCACCAAUUCACCUUUGGCUUGUCAACAACACAUCACAUGAAGUCGAUAAAAACCUUAUACAA